GGACCUGGUGGACGGUGGUUCCUGUAGCUACGUCAAUGGUUUGCCAGACGAAGACUGCCGGUUCGUGCCUGAUGACGUGCAGGCUGCCUCCUCCUCCUUCAUGGCCUACUACUACAUCAACAAUAUUGUUGAGUUCUGCGACACAGCCACGGACGAGAAAUUCUCCCAUAACGAAUUUGCUCCUAAUAGACAAAAUAUGAUGUGUAACAGUCGCUCCGUAUGGGACGUGAUAUACCAGCACCAAGACUUUACCAAUGGAAUGAACCCCCCAACCAACUCCUCGGCGUCGCCAGAGUUCAUUGUGAUAGGCCAAGAAGAGGCCAAGUUUGCCCUUGUGCUCGACUAUUCCCUCAGCAUGAAUGAUUUCGAGAGGAUCCAUAAACUACAACGGACUGCCAGGCGUUGGAUCUUACAUGAGGUGGCUGAAGGAAGUUUCGUCAGCAUCGUUAAAUUCUG